AUGGUAUCUCAGGGAGCCACCAACUCUCAAAAGACCCAGCAAGUUGUACUCACAAUCAAUGCACGUGACUCUGACGAAAGACAAGAAUUCGAACUACCCGCGGCUCCACAUGAGAACCAGACCGGCGUCAGACAUCAACGCCAGAAUCCAGUGUUGCCAGCAGAGCCUCGAGCUCGCCCGGCUAAUAAUCGACCCGCGGAUGUACCAAAUGCGAAUCAAGCGAUCCGCAGAGGACAACCACUAGUCGAGACACCGAUUCUUCGUGCAGACCCGCCAGGACUCAGAGCACCACCUUCAGUGCCACCGUAUGUACCCGCGGGAACAACGAAUCAAGCGAAAGCCAGCGCAGCGAAGAACAGAGCCUCAACCAACUACAUGAGAAGACCACCUCCUCGUCCACUGACAGAGGAUCCGGGGUCCCAACCGUGUCCCAGCUCACAAAUCGCUCCAGCUACGUCAGAGUCGGCAAGCUCGAGUACACAAGCUGCCAGUUCGUCGACAAUCAAUAUUGAUAACAUGUUCAACCCAGAGACCUACGCGUCAAUGGGUCCGUGGUCGAACGAAAGGGAACGCAGAAAUGAAGUUCACCAGAGAACCAAUUUUGCAAGUGUAUCCGCGGAAAUAACCAUACAUAUCCUACUUGACCUACUCGUGUAA